UCUCGGAGCCUGGCACAGGGCGGGCGCUCCGCAAACCUGAUCGCGGGGGCUGUGUGGAAGCCAGGGUGCAACCCAGGGGACUGGGUCUGCUGCAUCCUUGAGGGUAUGGCAGGGCGGAUGCUGCGGGCGCGGAGGCGUGUUUCUCCCUCUGCCCGCCCUCCGGAGCGCUAGGGGAAGGCGCCGCGCUGUGGGAAGCCCGGAACCCGCUCGCAGGGCUCCCUGGGGCGGCCUUCCGCUGCGCUCCUGCCGUGCAGGCUCCGGGCCUCCAGUUGCCAUGGUGCCGGGAGGCGGUUGCCAGGGAAACCGGAAGACUGACCAAUCAGCUCGGGGCUGCGGCACCUGCUCACCUCUCGGAUGGAGACACCAUGUCGGCCGGAGAGCCCCAGCAGCUGGGGGCCAGGAGGCCAGCCAUGGGAGUGCGGCGCCUCCUCCCCCAAAGCUCCCGGCCCCUCACCCCGAGGUCUAACCAUUCCCGCCUCUUCCCAACCGGCUAAGGGGAGAUGCCCCUGGGGUCCGCCCGGCCUCCGACAGGCCCCAAACGCCCCUCCCGAUAAGGCAUGGGAUGCUGCGCAAAGGCGGGGCCGCGCAGCGCCGGAUGAGAGCACUGCCUGUGGGGAGGGAGGCCGCCCGCCCCACUCCGAGCUCCGCAGGGCCUGGUGCGCCGGCGCACGCUCACUCGGGGGGCCAGGCCGGCGGGGCGGGGCCGACACGUCCAAUGACCCCCACCCCCGCGGCCGAGGGGCGGUGGCCUCGCAGGCUUGGCGAGACAGGCGUGUGGUCGGACCGGGCUCCGGGGGACGCACGCAAGGCCAGGCCAUGCCGGGGGAGGCUACCAGCGCUGACCUGCUGUUGCUGGAGGCCGGUGGGCCGGGACCCCGCACAGAUCUGUCCUGUAAUGCAGCUGAGACCACCACUCCAAGAGGGAACCCGCGGGAGCACUGUGCCCUGAUCCGGGGGUCCAGCACCCUGGCCCUCACAUUCCUGCCCAGCAAGCCAAGUGCCCGGCCCCCACCUGAGGGAGCUAGCUGGGAUGCAGGGCGGGGCCACACCACCUUGGCCUGGGCGGCCCCAGAGGAGGGCAGCCCCAGCCCAGGGUCCCCUGAGGUUCAGCCCACAGGGGGCACUCAGCCAGCCCCACUGGAGCCCCGGGUUGUGAUGGGUGAGGAGACACACUGGGCACCACCACCCAGCGCAGCUCUACCAGAGUCCAGGAAUAGGGAGGGUGGGCAUGCCAGCCUGAACCCACCCCUUGAGUUGUGUUCUCAGGGUGACCCUCCUGUGCCUUGCCUUGCCCUGGACCCUGAUUCCUACUUCACACCUCCCUCCACCCCCACUGAAACCGCCUUUGCCCUGCUCCCCAGCCACGGGCCCCACAGGGGCACCCAGGGUGCCCAGGCUGAGCAGGGGGAGUCGCCACCUGCAUCACUCUCAGGCUCCUAUGUCACGGCAGAUGGGGACAGCUGGGCCUCGUCCCCAUCCUGCUCCCUGAGCCUGCUGGCCCUGGCAGAAGCACUGGACACUCCCUCAGGCUGGAGCUUCUCCCCCCCAGGGUCCCUGGUGGAUGAGCAGGAGCUGCACCCUGCUGGGUCCCCAGUUCCCCCAUCCCCAGAGUCCAGCCUCUCCGUGGACAGCAGCUCUUCCCUGGGCCAGGAAGGCCACUUCUUUGAGCUGGACUUCCUGGCCAACGAGCCAAUGAUGCCUGCCUCCCUCCUGCCCUUCCGGGGCAGCCUGAUCUUCCAGGUGGAAGCGGUGGAGGUGGUGCCCCUGCCUGCGGAGCAGGAGGCAGAGCAGGAGGCACCCUCCCCGGGAGCAGAUGUGGCCGGGACAGGUGAGGACGACAGCACCUUCGCCUCCUCCCUGCAGUCAUUAUCCGACCUCUCCAUCUCUGAGAGCGUGGAUGAGGCCUUUGCCUUCCAGGACGACAUCUCUGCGGCCUCCUCUGACCUUGACUCUGCCUCCUACACGGGGGCGGACGACGAGAGGCUGUACAGCGGGGAGCCCCAUGCACAGCACAUCAUCCUGCUCCAGGACAGCCCUGGCGAACCCACAUCCUGGGGCCUACAGCUGGCUACCAGGGGCUCCAAGGGAGAGGCUGGCCUCUGCACCCAGGGCCAGGAGCCUAUGGCGGAAAUGACAGGCACCGGCCCCUCUGCAGGCCUGGCAUCUGCUGCCACUAGGGCCCCUCACACCCGGCAAGAAGACCCAGGCCUCACUGGGGUGACCCUGAAGGCCCAGGGGGAUGAAGCAGGCUCUCCCGCAGAACCAGCACCUGUCACCUUGGCCACACCUCAGCCUCUACAGGAGGGAAACAGCACCAGCUUAGGUCCAGAGCCUUGGACUGCCCAGGAAGAGGAGGACCUCUUGCCAAGUCCAAACUCUUUGCAGACCCUUGAGGAGGAAGCUGCCCAGGGACCUGCUGCUGUGGCCAGCUCUGAGCACCAACUGGGAGAAGGGGACCCCACCUUACCCCAGGAUCCUGUCUCUUUGGCCAUACAUCUGCCCCUGCAGGAUGCAGGCCUCCUCUCAGGCCAGGGACCUGCUGCUGCAGCCAGCCCCAAGGCCCUGCAGACAGACACUGGCUGUGGCCCAGGAACAGAGGCCAUGGCUGCCAUGGCCCAGCAAGAAGGAGGUGAAGCUUGGGGACUGAGGCCAGUGUCUGACAAGAGGGAUGCGAGCACCACUGAAGGCCAGGACCAGGCCCCACAGGGUGUCCUAGAACCAGCUGCAGACACUGAAACACCAUGGACCUCAUGGAAAGAUGUGGGCCCCCCCAGAACUGCCUCGGAGGACCGAGACACCGCCGAGCCUGCCUCAGAAGCCCCGGACACCCCCGACCCUGCCUUGGAAGCACAGGACACCCUGGAUCCUGCCUCAGAGACUCCAAACACUCCUGAGCUUGCCAGGGAGGCCCCAGACAUCCCAGAUCCUGCCUCAGAGACACCAGAUAACCCCAGGCCUUGCUCGGAAGCCCCAGACAACCUGCAUUCUGCCUCAAAGGUCCCGGAUAUCCCAAAGCAUGCCUCGGAGUCCCUGGAUCCCCCAGAUCCUACCAGGGAGGUCUUGGACACCCAAGAUCCUGCCACAGAGGUCCCAGACUCCCGAGAUCCCGCCUCAGAGACUCCAGACACUAUGGAUUCUACCAGGGAGGCCCUAGACACCCCAAAGCCUGCUACAGGGACUCUGGAAACCCCAGGUUCUACCAGGAAGGCCCCGGACACCGCGGAUCCUGCCACAGAGGCCCUGGAAACCCCAGGUUCUACGAGGAAUGCUCCAGACAUCCCAGAUCCUGCCUCAGAGGACCUGGACAACCCUGAGCCAGGCACGGAGGUCUCAGACACACUAGAUUCUGCCACAGAGGCCCCGGACACCCUGGAUUCUAUCAGGGAGGCCCUGGACACCCUAAAGGCUGCCACAGAGGCCCUGGACACCCCAGAUCUUACAAUGGAGGCCCCAGAUACACCAGAUUCUACCACGGAGGCCCCAGACACCCCAGAUUUUCCCAGGGAGGCCCUGGACAUCCCGGAUCCUGCCACAGAGGCCCUGGACACCUCAGGUCCUACCAUGGAGGCCCCAGACACCCCAGAUCCUGCCUCCAGUAGGGAGGCAGCAGCAGAGGGCCUGUUGGCUGAUAUCCCUGAGAACCUUGGUUUGGGAUCUAAGCCCCCCUCACUCCCAAAGGAGGUACCAGGGUCAGAGAGCCAGGGGGAGGGAGAUCUCGAGUCAGCACCCCAGGGUGUUGGGAAGGAUCCUUGGAGCAGCAGCCCGGAGGCAUGUCCUGCUGCUUGCACUGAGGUUGGCCAGGUGCAGUCUCUGAGCCCAGCAGAGAGGGCCACCACAGAGCCAGGGAUCCCUGUGGCUGUGGCCUCAGAGGUGGGGCUCGGCUCCUGCUUAGAAUUUCCUUCGAGGGCUGUGCCCAAGCCAGGUGGGCACUGCCCCAAAGGACCUGCACCUAUGUCUCCACCACCCUCCUGGCAGCGGGAACCUGUACUAGGCCCAGGCAGUGCAGAUUGGGCCCAGGCAGUACCUGGAAUCCUUGGUCCCUCUCAGCCACAGCCCCCAUUAGGCCCCACUGGGGGCCCACCCAGCAUGCCCACAGACAGGCCCUCUGCUCCUGGGGUCAUGAAGGCAGCACUGCCUCCCACGGGCCCCCACCCCCGCCCUUGUCAAGGCCCCCAGGAAGACUCCGUGGAAGGCAAGGAGUGCCCCAGCUCUCCAGCUCAUCUGCCACCCCAGGCAGGAGCACAGCUGGCAGUGGCUGCCUUCUCAGGAACCACAAACACCCCUGGGGCAGGGCAGCGGGGCAGCCUCCUGCCCCAUGCCGCCCUCCUCAGCCCCAAAGCAGCCCCCACAGGAGGAAUUCAUGCCAAAGACCCGGCCUUGAGGAUCUCACCCCCCGGCCAAGUGCCUCCUGGCUCCAGGCCCCAGAGCCCGGCUGGCCCCCAAGGUCUCCCAGCCAUUGGGCAGCAGGAUGACCAGGACAGCCUGGAGGAAGGCUCGCUGUGGGCUCCAGGCUCCGGCCAUCACUCGGACAGCCAUGGGGAGUCAGAGGAGCCGGAGCUCUCAGGGCCGCAGACUUCGCAGUGCCCAGCCCAGGCCCCUGCAGGUGGAGGCAGUGAGGAGACCAGCUCCAAAGCCAAGCAGAGCCGCAGCGAGAAGAAGGCCCGAAAGGCAAUGUCCAAGCUGGGCCUGCGGCAGAUCCAGGGGGUCACCAGGAUCACCAUUCAGAAGUCCAAAAACAUCCUCUUUGUCAUUGCCAAGCCUGACGUCUUCAAGAGCCCGGCCUCAGACACCUACGUGGUCUUUGGGGAGGCUAAGGUCGAGGACCUGUCCCAGCAGGUGCACAGAGCCGCAGCUGAGAAGUUCAAGGUGCCCGCGGAGCCCGCAGCCCUGGUGCCCGAGUCAGCACCAGGGCCGCAGGUGGAUGAGGCAGGACUGGAGCUGCGUGACAUUGAGCUAGUGAUGGCACAGGCCAACGUGUCCAGGGCCAAGGCUGUACGUGCCCUGAGAGAGAACCAGAGCGACAUCGUCAAUGCCAUCAUGGAGCUGACAAUGUAGCUGCUGACCAACACCCCGCUGUGUCCUGCCCCCAGCUCUGCUGCUCAGUAAAUGGGUGCCUCUACUG